GGGCGCAGCGCGAAGGCGGGCGCGGGCGGGCGCGGGGCAUGGUCCCGGUCCCGGCGGCGCGGCGCAGCGCGGAGCGGAGCGGGCGCGGAGCGGUGGCAUGCGGCGCGGAGACAUGCGGCUCUGCCUGCGCGCUGCCCCGCCGACAUGGACCGCCGCCGCCGCCUGCCCCCCCCGCCGCCGCUGCUGCUGCUGCCGCUGCUGCUGCUGCUGCUCUGCGCUGCCCUCGGCGCCGCCGGGCGUCUGAGCGCCCGCCCCGGCAACGAAGUUAAUCUGCUGGAUUCAAAAACAAUUCAAGGGGAGCUGGGGUGGAUCUCCUACCCAUCACACGGGUGGGAAGAGAUUAGUGGUGUUGAUGAGCAUUAUACUCCAAUCAGAACUUACCAAGUGUGCAAUGUGAUGGAUCACAGUCAAAACAAUUGGCUGCGAACAAACUGGAUUCCACGCAAUUCAGCUCAGAAGAUAUAUGUGGAGCUCAAGUUUACCUUGAGGGACUGUAAUAGUAUCCCUCUAGUUCUGGGCACUUGCAAAGAGACCUUCAAUCUGUAUUAUAUGGAGUCUGAUGAUGACCAUUUGGUAAAGUUCAGAGAGCAUCAGUUUACAAAGAUCGACACCAUUGCGGCUGAUGAGAGCUUCACCCAAAUGGAUCUUGGGGACCGAAUUCUCAAGCUGAAUACAGAAGUCCGUGAGGUGGGGCCUGUCAGCAGGAAAGGCUUUUACUUGGCUUUUCAAGAUGUAGGUGCGUGUGUUGCCUUAGUCUCGGUGCGAGUGUACUUCAAAAAGUGCCCUUUCACUGUCAAGAACCUCGCCAUGUUUCCAGAUACAGUACCCAUGGACUCUCAGUCACUGGUGGAGGUGCGGGGUUCUUGUGUCAAUCAUUCCAAGGAGGAAGAGCCACCCAAGAUGUAUUGCAGUACAGAAGGAGAAUGGCUAGUGCCCAUAGGGAAGUGCUUGUGUAAUGCUGGCUAUGAAGAAAGAGGCUUUGCGUGCCAAGCAUGUCGACCUGGAUUCUACAAAGCCUCUGCCGGCAAUGUGAAGUGUGCCAAAUGCCCACCUCACAGCUCUACCUACGAAGAUGCGUCUCUGAACUGCAGGUGUGAAAAGAAUUACUUUCGCUCUGAGAAAGACCCUCCAUCCAUGGCUUGCACCAGACCACCAUCUGCUCCAAGAAAUGUUAUCUCUAACAUCAAUGAGACAUCUGUUAUCCUGGACUGGAGCUGGCCUCUUGACACUGGAGGUCGGAAAGAUGUCACUUUCAACAUCAUUUGCAAAAAAUGUGGAGGAAACAUCAAGAUGUGUGAGCCGUGUAGCGACAACGUGCGAUUCUUACCCCGUCAGACUGGACUCACCAACACCACGGUGACAGUAGUGGACCUUUUGGCACACACCAAUUACACUUUUGAGAUUGAUGCAGUCAACGGGGUAUCUGACUUGAGUACACUUUCCAGACAAUUUGCUGCUGUCAGCAUCACAACUAAUCAGGCUGCUCCAUCCCCCAUCACAGUCAUAAGGAAAGACAGGACAUCCAGGAACAGUGUGUCUCUGUCUUGGCAAGAACCCGAACAUCCGAAUGGGAUCAUCUUGGACUACGAGGUCAAAUACUAUGAAAAGCAGGAACAAGAGACAAGCUAUACUAUUCUGAGAGCCAAAGGCACCAAUGUUACCAUCAGCGGCCUCAAACCUGAUACCACCUACGUCUUCCAAAUUCGAGCCCGAACUGCAGCUGGAUAUGGGACAAACAGCCGCAAGUUUGAAUUUGAAACAAGUCCAGAUUCAUUCUCCAUUUCCAGUGAGAAUAGCCAGGUCGUAAUGAUUGCUAUUUCAGCGGCAGUAGCCAUUAUUCUCCUCACAGUUGUGGUGUACGUCUUGAUUGGGAGAUUCUGUGGAUACAAGAAGUCUAAACAUGGCACCGAUGAGAAAAGACUACAUUUUGGGAAUGGCCAUUUAAAACUCCCAGGCCUGAGAACUUACGUAGAUCCACAUACAUAUGAGGAUCCCAAUCAAGCUGUGCAUGAGUUUGCCAAGGAACUGGAUGCUUCUAAUAUAUCCAUCGAUAAAGUGGUUGGAGCAGGGGAAUUUGGAGAAGUGUGCAGUGGGCGCCUAAAGCUGCCGUCUAAAAAGGAAAUUUCAGUGGCUAUCAAAACCCUGAAAGUUGGCUACACAGAAAAACAGAGAAGGGACUUCCUGGGAGAAGCAAGCAUCAUGGGACAGUUUGACCACCCUAAUAUCAUUCGAUUAGAGGGAGUCGUCACUAAAAGUAAACCAGUUAUGAUUGUUACUGAAUAUAUGGAAAAUGGUUCCUUGGACAGCUUCCUACGGAAACAUGAUGCCCAGUUCACAGUCAUCCAGCUAGUAGGCAUGCUUCGAGGGAUCGCAUCUGGCAUGAAAUAUUUGUCAGAUAUGGGUUACGUCCAUCGAGAUCUAGCUGCUCGUAAUAUCCUCAUCAAUAGUAACUUAGUAUGCAAAGUCUCAGAUUUUGGUCUCUCUCGUGUACUGGAAGAUGACCCAGAAGCUGCUUACACCACAAGGGGGGGCAAGAUUCCUAUCCGAUGGACAUCACCAGAAGCCAUUGCGUAUCGGAAGUUCACAUCAGCCAGUGACGCAUGGAGCUAUGGGAUUGUUCUCUGGGAGGUGAUGUCUUAUGGAGAGAGACCAUAUUGGGAGAUGUCCAACCAGGAUGUGAUUAAGGCUGUUGAUGAAGGGUACCGCUUGCCACCUCCUAUGGACUGCCCAGCUGCCUUGUAUCAGCUGAUGCUGGACUGUUGGCAGAAAGACAGAAACAACAGACCCAAGUUUGAGCAGAUUGUCAGCAUCCUGGAUAAACUGAUCCGUAAUCCCAGCAGUCUGAAAAUAAUCACCAAUGCGGCGGCAAGGCCAUCAAAUCUUCUCCUGGACCAAAGUAACAUUGACAUUUCAGCCUUCCGCACGACAGGUGAUUGGCUCAAUGGUUUUCGGACAGGACAGUGCAAAGACAUUUUUACGGGCGUGGAGUACAGUACCUGUGAUACAAUAGCCAAGAUUUCUACAGAUGACGUGAAGAAAGUUGGCGUUACAGUUGUGGGGCCUCAAAAGAAGAUUGUCAGCAGUAUCAAAGCUCUAGAAACUCACACAAAGAACAGCCCUGUUCCUGUGUAAGGUACCAAAAUGAUGUUGCUCAGGAGAGAAAAAAAGAGAAAAGUUGCAUCACAGGGCAAAAGUGAUGGCUGAUAAACGGCAGAAUUUAAAGGAGUUCUUUGCAACAGCUUUGGAAACAUAAUGGUUGAAAUUUCAAACCCACUAAGACACUCAAAUAUUGAGUAUAAAUGCCUUAAAAAUAGGAGCGAACUUCUUUUCUAUCUGUUAAUCCUAAAGGGUGGGUGCUCUUGACUGACUGUUAAUGCAGAUAGUAAAUGUCAAAAGAAAAAAUAUGUAAAAAAUCCUUCCAAGUAAAAACCAGUGAUACUAAAACCUAGAGCCAUUUGAAUAUUAAGUGACUGAAUAACACAAAAACCCAUGGACAUAAAAGCUGUGUAUUUGACCUAUACAGCAAACGCGAAGAAAGAAAGACUUGCAGUAUUUUUAUACAGAAGAGAUCUGUAACAGGUAUUUUAUUUCUUUAAAAGCAAGGAAAAUAGAGGACUAUAUCUCACAACCUGUCUGGCCAUAUUUACUAUAAUGUCAUUGUAACAUGCUAUUUCAACUUCAGAAAGGAACACAGAAAUAAAGUUUGUAGUGACUUUGAGUUAGUUGACAAAAGAUUUUUGCCAUUAUGUUAGCUUCCCUAAUUGUGUUCAUUUAAAUAGAAAAAGUCUUAAUUUUUUUAAAGACUUAUUUAUUUCCUUUGUUUUUUCCAUUAUUGUUUAUAUUUAUGCUUAAACACCUUAACCUGGCUGUAUUAUUGCCAAGUGCCAAAUAUUAUCAAAACUUCAUUGGUUCAACCUGAGAAAUUGCCUGAGGGUUAAUUACUAGAUUAUUUUAUACUCAUAACUUCAUCUAUGAAAUACAGAAGGAAAGAAAGAUGGUCUUUUUUCCAGCUCUGACACUAAACAAAGCAUCUGGACUUGAGAUUCCUUCCAUUUGCUGUGAGUGGUAUUUUAACCCGGGCUUGAGUUUUGGCAGAGUUGCCUGCGUUAUCGAUCUCUACAUCAGUAUCUGCCCCGGUCAAGUACAUACAUCUCAUUUACUUCCCAAAGGCCUGCUUUCCUGUCCAAAUAAGGACCCCCUAUUCUCAGGGGGAUUUGCCUAGCAAACAUAAAAAAGUCAGGGUUGCAUCCUGCAUUAACUGAGGAUGCUUUUUGAGUUCAUUGGGGAGUGGUCCAUUUCUGGCUUCCAUCUGGCAGGCUCUGCUCAGGAACUGGAAGUGUACUACCAUGUGGGCAGUCGCUGGUAGUUAUGCUGGGAUGGUGACCUGCAGCCAAGGCUAAGUAGAUUGUUUAAAAGGAUGACUUAAGCUGUGAAACAGGGCUUUGGUAUGUAAUUUUACCUAAGUGUGAGCUAGAAGGCCUCUGUCCAGGCGCUGCCAUUCUGUAGGGCACUUGAGGUUUUGGCACAGGUUCCUUAGGCACCUGUUUGUUGAAAGAAAGUGGAAAGGAGCCUAUCUUUAGGAGAGCGUUCAUGUUUCCCAGUGGAAAAAGGAGCCUGGAAGGUGGGAUUUGAGAGCCCUCCACCAUCUUCAGCAUCUUCCCAAUAGCGAACUCUUAAGCUGUUGCUCUGGAGCACAUCAGUCCCAGUUCUGAGCAGACAGAACUCUUUGCUCUGAAAAUGAGUGGUUUAAAUCAGUGUGAGGCACUUCUUGUGCUACAUACAGGCGAGCUUCUUAAUGCUCUAGAUGUGAUGCCAGGCACACAGGCGUUAGGCUUUGGGCACUAAUGGAAGCCACUCCGAUUCCCAACUUGCCAUGCUGGAAUCUAAACUUGAUUCUGAUGAAUAACAGCGAGUCCCUAAAAGUCCAAGGCUGCGUGGGAGGCAGAUAACUAUACGGCACGCCGCCUUUCGCUGGGCGUGCAAAAGCAGGUAACUAGUUGGGCUUGCUUUCUUUCUUGUAUUGGUUUCAUUUUUGAAGCUCCUUGUAGCAUAGGGCACGUAAGUAAGGGAAGAGUCAGUUCCUAGGAUUUGUGUGGCUGAAUCAGCUUUUAAAUUGUUCUUCAUGGGUCCAGGACUUACAAAAUGUAGAGACACAACGUUUAUCACACAUUGCUAAAUAGAAGCAGAAUUAGAGACUUUUUAAUGAGUGCUGGCAGUGAGCAUGCUGUAAAUGACAGGAUUUGAAACACACUCACAGGAUAAUAAUUAGUAAUAUUUUCUGAAAGAAAAAUGAAUGGGUUUUAAAGUAAGUUGAAAUAAAAAAUGAAAAAUGGAAGAAUAUUAAAAUAAAGCACUUAAGUUGUAAAGAACACUUUUCCUUAUCUGCCACAAUCUAUUGUGAAAUGCAGCAUGCUGAAUAUAAAAGCUGUAUUUUCCAUUGCUUGGUUCAUUCAGAAUCUUUCUUUUCUUCAGUUUGAGACUGCUCUAAAUCAGACAUUGUUAGUGAAUUUAAGUCACCAAAAUCCAUUUGCAGACAUUGUCUGUGUGGGGACAGCUUUUUAUAACGUAUUCCUCGUGACGUUUCUCUUCAGCUUCAUUCUGCCGUUGGAGAGUGGGAGCGAGGGGGCUGGGGUGGGGGGAAGACAUCUGUGAAAUGCUUUUGAAAACACAGAACCAGUUCUUAGAGUUUUAGAUGAUGACUGGAAACUUUGCACCAACUACCCUCAAUUUUCUCUUAGUAUCAUGUCAUGUUCCUUGCCCACCGUUUGAGCAUGCUCAGCAUAAAAGAUUAAAUCUCACUGAUGCUUGGGAAAAAAGAAACUCAAUUUUGCUUUUCUUUGCUAUUAGGACUAGAGAGUUUUAAAAUACAUUUAGUUUUCUCUCCCUGUCAAAAGCUGAUUUGUACUGUAAGUGGCCUCUGUUGCAAGCAUCCUAUACUCCUGUCCCCGUGUACAUAUGUAUACAUAGCAGUGUACAAUUCUUCAUUGUGGAGUAGCGAUACUAGAAUUCGUGUGGCCAUCUUCUGUACAGGACUUGCAUCGGUUAUUGUCAUCAAGCAAAAUGCAGCUACUCAUGAAAUGACAUGCCAUACUAUUGGUUUUGUAUCUUUAAAUAUAGUUUCCAUUUUAUUUAUUUCUGUUAACAUAUCUAGUUUUGUGCUGUUACUUAGCAUUCAAUAAGCAAUGUAUAGAUGUGAUUUGAUUGGCAAAAUGUAUUUACUUUAACUUGUAUUUCAAAGCAUUACUUACUCAUUUAGAUUAUAUAUUGUGCAAUUGUAGAUGGCCUCUUACUAAUGUAAAAUGAUUUGUAGUGGAAACAUUUAUAUUUUUAUAAUAAACAUAAUGAAAGUAUUUUUUACAUACUGGAAUACUGAGGUGAUUGCUUGGAGGACAAAGUAAAUUUAUUUGAUUAGAGAAGUGUGAUAAAAUUGUAAUUAAAUAUGGAUAAAUUCUGAGUGUUAAAGCAUGGGUUUGGAGUGAAAGCUAGAUAUUACCUAUAUUAUCUAUUAAAAGAAACAAGUAGUGCAAGUUUUAACUAGACAGACCAGUAUUUGUGCUAAACUGACUUACAUCAGUCAAAGACUUUACUUUCUCUGUGGAUAUGGGAAAACAUCAUCUACUACAGCCUGCCUAUGGGAUGUUGAAAACGCUGUCAUUUAUUUUAGUUGUGUCAAGUAUUUCCAAACUUUUGGUUUUUUUCCUCCCUUGCCAGUGGACCUCUUUUCAUCUUAUUACUAUGUUGAAUCCAGUAAAAGAUGUACUUUUCAACAAAAUAAAAAAGCCCACAGCUUACUGUAAUUUAA